GAAACUGAGACAUUGUUAAUAAACGUGUUAAGUUGAUUGAUAGGUAUAUGAUUGAUCUAUCGUAACAGAAGAUGUGAAAUUAGAAAGGUUCAAUUUAAAUUUAGCUUUAAGUUUUAUUUUUAUAUAGUAUAACUAUAACUAUUCAAUAAAAGGCUGAGAUCCUUUGGUGGGCGGAAUGUCCAAAAUUAGAAAACAUUUCGUUUAUUUAUAUUGUUACAUCAUUACAUUUUUGUCUUUAUAUAUAAAGUUCCUGCUUCCAUCACUAGAUGGCGCUGAUCGUUUCUAAAUCUCGCAAGUACUACGUUUACCUGUUUUGAUAUAUGGAGUAACGUUUGUUUGUAAUAAAUUGCUGUUUUACCACAACGAGUGUUUAAAUUCAUCCUACGAGCGACAGUGAUUUAGAUGAAGGGUUUUACUUUAACUUAUUUUUCACUUAGAUAUUGGUUAUCAAUGAUAAAUAAUUUUCAUUUAUUAAUUGAGAAAGUGUGAGUGGACGAUCCGAACAAUUUUUUUUUAUUAAAAUACAAAGUUUGCGCUGAAAUAUAAAUAUAAUUACCUCAUUUGUACUUCCGCGAGUACUUUAUUUUCGUGUUCACUGAGACCCUGUUCCAUGACAUCGACGGUGUCAACCAACUGCUCCACAUUAUAGAAACCGCAAACGUUUGUAUCUAUAUUUGGUUGGUUGAGCGUGUACCAAGUAGAUAUGCGAGCUAGUUCUACGUUCUGUUCCUAAAAAACAAUAUAAAUUUUGUGACACGUAUUAUCUAACAGUAAAAAUAAGCAUAUUGAGUAGCUGCGAUGCGGCCUGCGAUCUGUUAUAUCUAGAAAAUGUUCCUGUAACUGCUGUGCUAACGAUUUCCAACUGACACAGCAUUUUCAGGGCUUCGUGCAUCGAGGACUGCCUCUCGCGAGUCAGUCUGCCACAUCCCGCCGGUUCGGUCAGUCGCAUCCACGGACUAAUAACCCAGUAGGUAUAGUUUUAGGGCUAAAUAAAUAUUAUUUUUUUAAAAGACUCUUUAAAUCCCCAACCUAACAGAUCGUUGUUGUUAAACAACAACCGGAAGGGUCGAUCACGGGAUGGGUGACCAAAAAUUAAUUAUUUAAUUGGUUGGUCCCGGAUGCAAUUGCAGUUGUUGAUGCCCUCCAAUCCGCAUUGGGCCAGCGUGGAGUGUCUCGGACAAUCCUCCCUAACUAUCCGUAAGAAUGACCUGAGCCCGUGCAGUGGAAACGUAAAAGAGCUGAUGAUGACGAUGAGUUAAAAUAGGAAGGUGUUAGGCACGAGACCAUGCAGAAAGUCACCGAUGCGCUGGACGGACCAGGUAAAGGCUCCUUUUAAUGGUUCUCUAUGCGGGAUGUACAAAGAAGCAACCAUCCGAGACGAGUAGCGACCUAUCGUGAAGUACGUUAAAAACCCUCAACAAACGACCGCGGCCAAUGCCACAAUGCCAACAGUGUAGCGACUAAGUAGAAUCAAAAUAAGCAGUCUAAAUACAUUUUUAACAAAACGAUAUGCGCUUAAUGAAGUGAGUCUUUCGAACUAUUGUAACAACGUUAAAUGAUUAUUUGUUGCUAUUGUGACAGAAAUCAUUAUUUAUUGUUAUUAUAUAAAAAAUAGAUUGAUACAAUAACGAAUUUUCAACAUGUCAGUGAAAGACGUUAUCGUACAAUUUAAUAGAGAAAAAAAAUGCCUCGCCCAAUCUAUGCUCAAACAUGUUACAUUAUGGAAUAGUACGGCCUUGAUCCAGUGUCUCGAAAAUGUGCCACUUUUCAUAUUUCUUCUUAUCUUUAAUAUUAAUAAAUAAUACUAAUAAGCCUCUUCAUUUCAAUGACACAAAAAUAGGUUAAAAUUAAAUAAAUACAAUACCUACUUACUGUCCACCCAGCCAACACAUAAGCCAGAUAGUAGCGAAAAUAUACCACAAUAAGCAGUGUCAAGCUUUAUUACUUUUGUAUUACAGCUGAGGUUAUGGCUUUAUUUUGAAUAAGAGAAUUCUUAAAUUAAAAUAAUGUUGUAAGCUUACUAAAUUCUGUAUAAAGUUCGCGGUAUUUUUUUAAGCUGAAUAGUAAGCAAGAGUAGCAUCUGCUAAACAAGCGAUAUUCAAAUAAGAGUAAAUGAAACAGCUAUUAUCUGCAUAGUAGCUGAAGUUUUUGCAUUGUCCUGUAUAACAUAUUUAAGCAAAGCAGUUAAACAGCAAAACGCUGAAUAUUAGACGAAAUAUUUUCUUUUAGCUGCAUAGUGUACGAAAUGGUACUAAUUUAUUCAGAUGCUGAAUAUUUUAGAUUUUUUUCUUCUUUACACAGCUGACUUCUGUAUACUUGAAAAUAAACUCCUCGUUUUACCUAACUUAUAGCGUUAUAAGCCUACAAUUGUCUUUAUGUGAAGCUUAAAACAAUAUCAGUUACAAAUGUGGGUAUCUUAAGCAGCAAAUAACUGAUUAGUUGAAGAUAUCGUAUGUUUAUAUCCAGAUAUUUCACCAUUUUGUGUCAAAACUGAUAAAUACUGCAUCAACAAUAUGCCUCCUCAGAAAAAUAAUAACAUAAGCGUAAAUGAUUCAUGGAAAAAAAGAAAGAGAACGGGAGGAAUAGUAUAUGUGCAGUAAUAGAAAAGGGUUUGACAACUAAUACAAAUAGGCCCGGGUCAAGUGCGACCAAUACAGUUGAAGAGGGUUCUGCACACGAUGAUUGUGCAUCACCAUCAGGAUUAGUGAUUCAAACAAAUAGACCGGGUCCAACUUUAGGUGCAGAUAACGAGAGUUACAUGCGUGGCAACUUUGCAUAUCAAUCACAGGCUACAAUUGAUAGUGAUUCAAGUUCUACUGAUUUGGAAGAAAACUCGGAAUUCAAUAAAAAUAUUAUUAUUAUUUUCAAUAAAUAAAAAAUUAUGUUAUUCGAAAGCAAUAAAUAAAAAAUUAUGUUGUUCUAAAACCGUAUCAGUUCUGUUCAACAUUUGAUAUAAUUCUUCCUCAGCUUCUUCAGAAGUUUUGAAAUGAUGUCGUUUUAAUGUAUGUAACAGUUGUAGAUGUUCCAGUCCGGCUGUGGAAGGAUUGCAGGGUUCUUGCAAAGUUGUUCGCCGUUUUUUGGCUAAUAUAAUUUUCCUUUGUUUUCCCAAGAAGCGUUCUCUGUUGGUAAUUCAACUUGGCCUUUUUUACAAGUCGAAACGAUUUUGAACAUGUUUCUGAAAAAAAAUAUUUAGUUUUUCUAUAACACUUCAAAAAUACUACAACAACACUAUUGAUACUAACAUUAUAUAAUAAAUCUCGAUGUUUACGUUUGUAUCUUACUUAUUGACUACAUGAGCGCCACAAGUCAGAGUGUAUAAAAAGUACCUACAUUAGUAUAGGUCCCAUCAACCUCAAAUAUUCUAAAAAAAGAAAAAUCCUCAAAAAAGAACCCUAAAAAUCUGAAUUAUACUGCAUUAUGUAGUUUAAGACUUUUAUCUGAGAAAUGUAUAAUAAUUGUAUUUUAAAUCAAAUAAUUUCUGGAUAUGUAGUCGUAUGUGAACUAUUAUGCAGAAAUAAGCAAAAUAACCACUGAAAUAGACACUUUUAUUCAAAUUGGCCGUCCGCCAUUAACUAACGUUCGACAUAACCUCUUCUUAUAAAAAUCCUCAACAUUUAUCUUAUGAAACACUUUGUUUAGUGUGUAGGAAAAAUUAGCAGUUAUACAAAAUUUGAUUCUCAUUAUUUUCUGAGACUGAAAUUUGAUAAAAAGUAAAGAUAAUUUAUUUUUAAUUUUAUUUCACAUUUGUUUACCUUUUAAAUUGUAGCUUUAUCUGAAGGCGCUCAAAAAAUGUAUAAUAAUCAUAUUGAUAAUUCACAGUAAAGUGCCAUGCGUUUAUAUAAUUCACCUUAAACUGACUUAAAAUGUAUGAAACAAUUUACUUACCCAAUUUUUGAAGACGUGAAUCAGCGACCAUUACAAUUUUUUGAAGUAAGUCACACAAAAUAAUGAAACUCGUCGAAAAAUACAUUUAUACUUCUUUUACUUGCAUAAUUUCUUUGUAAAACUACCCUUGAGAUCGAAAUAGUGAAUAUCAUUUGAAUAUCUGAACUCACAAAUUAACAACUGCAUAAGAGAUGUAUAAUUUCUGGACUACAGAAAAAAACAGAAUUUAUGCAGAAGAUAUUCAGUGUGUUGUUCAUUUAUUCAGCUACUAUGUAGCUAUUAAUCAAACGUUAUCCAAAUUGAAGCAAGAUAUUUUGUGCCCAAAUUGCUUGAAUACCAUCUGUAUAAGCGCUUACACAGAAGUUAUACAAAUACUUUAUGCAGCUUAAAGUCGAAAGAAUUGCUUUUAUGCAAAAUUUACUCAGCUAAUCUGUGUUGGCUGGGCAGUCUUGCCAUAUGGUGACGGGAAUUGGCCAUCUGUCUCCAUAAUAGGGAUG